UAAUUGUUGAGUGAAAUCAAAAUGUGUGCCAAUAGAUCAAUUUUGAUAAUCACCUAAGGAUUAAAUGUGUUACCGGAUAAAAUGAUAUAGUUUCCUUGGUUUUGACAAGUUACAGUUCGCUUUUUACGUUUGUUUAAUCAGUUGCUAGUAAAUUUGUAUGUGUUGUGAAACUAUGAAGAUAUUCGUGUUUAUUUUUCUAAUAGUUCUCAUUGGUAAGGAGGAUGCCAAAACAGUUUCCAGUGAUGAAGAAUUCAACGAAUGGAAAUAUAUGAACUUAAGUGCAGACCCAUGCGAGAACUUUUACGAAUACACUUGCGGCAAUUUUGAACAUUUUUACCCUAUUGCUGACGAUACCAUUGCUUCCCUUAUGGAUCAGUUUAGUUUAUUGGAAGAUAAACUAGCAGCAGUUACUAAUGAUAUUUUAAAAUCUGAUAUAAAACCCAACGAUCCAGAAGCACUGAAAAAGGCUAAAUCAGCUUAUUUGGCUUGCACUGAAACCGUUUUUAUGGAUAAUUUUGAAUUAAUCAAUCCGGAAGUUAGAGUCAUACAAAAAUAUAGAGGAUUUCCAGUGUUGGGACAGACAGAAUUCUUCGGAUCAAAUUCCUCAGAACUUAGUGAAGAACAUUUUGGAUGGAAUGAGUUGGCCGACAUGGCAGCUGAAUUUGGAAUUAACAUUUUCCUUACUCCUAGUCUGUAUUUUGAUACACAAAACGCAUCCAGAAAUAUAUUAAGGAUUUCGACUGAUGCAAUGGAAGUUCCCGUGCAAUUCAGACCACAUCGUUCACCAUCAUAUGAGGAUGCAAUCGAAGAGGGCUUUUUUAAAAUGGCCACAACAAACCGCCGAACGAACGGUACUCUGAGAAGUUAUGGGAAAACUUUGACCUCAAUGGAAAUUUUAUUAAGAAAAUUGGUUUUAAAAUUAAAAAGAAUAUUGGGAAGUGACAGAAGCGAUGAAUAUUUAUUUGAACGAGUGGCUAAUAUUUCAAACUUUUUAGUUGGUGUUUAUUAUGGUUAUAUACCAGAAGGUACAGAAGUCUCUCCAAUAACCAACGAUACAACAGCCUACGUGGUAACGCUAAAACAACUUAACGAAUGGACCCAAAAACAUUUUGGUAAUAGUGUUCAGCUAGAUUGGGUUGAAUAUGUAAAACGGCUACUUCAGUUCACUCACGUAGAUGUAGAUGAAAACUUUUUAGUAUUACAUCCUACCGAUUUGCACACAAGCCUCUAUGGAGUACUCAACUGGGUCAGAAUGAACGAUCAUGAAAUAAUAAAAAGCGCUGCCUUACUCAGAGUUUUUGUCUACACAGCAACGGAUAGCGACUCAGAAAGCAGGACUUAUUUUAAUGACUACUUAAAGGCUACUAAAAAAACUAUUUAUCCAAGGUGGGAAUACUGCACAAGGAAAAUUAUAGAUGCGACUGACACCCUUUCGUUAGGAUUGGCGGUGGCGUAUGAAUAUCAGUUAAAAUAUUUUGACACUAGCAAGCUAACAGAUGCCCUAUCUAUGGUCAAUAACCUUCAGUCAACGUUUAAGGAAAUAAUAAAUGAAACGGAAUGGAUGGAUGACGAUUCAAAAGCAGCUGCUUUAACUAAAGCUGAUAAUAUUAUUACUCUUCUUGGAUAUCCUGAAUUUAUAAAAAAUGCGACCCUUCUAGACCAGUUUUAUCAGAACCUCCAAAUAACUACAUGGGACCAUUUUGAAAAUUCCAAGCAGCUUAGAGCUUUUAAAAAUUCUUAUACUUUAAAUAUGAUUAAUUAUAGGCAAAGAAAGGCAUGGGAAAAAUCACCCUUUAAUGCUAACGCUUACAUGAAUAGACAAAAUAAUAGAAUAAUUCUUCCUGUGUCUAUGUUAACAUCCAUAUUCUUUCAAGGAUCUACUAGUAGCAUAUUAGACUACAGUCGUUUAGGAAUGAUCAUAUCCCAUGAAAUGACACACGGUUUUGAUAGCCAAGGCUUUCUCUAUAAUCAAUUUGGGAUUAUCGAACCAUGGUGGACAGAACAAACUAUUGAAAAUUUUAAGAAUAACUCUGAGUGCUUUGUGGAACAAUAUUCCAAUUAUACUAUACCAGAAAUUAAUGUUCGGAUGAACGGCAGUGGAAGUCUAAAUGAAAAUUUGGCUGACAACGGUGGACUUCGUAUAGCUUUUAGAGCUAUGAAACACAUUCUGGAUCAACAGAAUUCAAUUAAAUUGGGUUCAAAUGAACUUACUCCCGAACAACUAUUUUUUGUUGGUUAUGGAACUAUGUGGUGCUCUUCAGAAUCUGUGUCCUACCUAACUGCGCUUGCAAAAUCUUGUAACACAACUACUAACUGCCAUGCCAGAUCUCAGCUAAGGGUUAACGGAGUAGUAUCCAAUAUGGAAGACUUCGCCAAUACCUUUAAUUGUCCAUUGGGCAGUCCUAUGAAUCCAGAAAAUAAAUGCAUACUGUGGUAAACAGGCGGAGUUUUUGGAGUCGUUACUCUAAUGUAAAUUUUAAUAAAUAGAUAAGAAUAAGCACAUACAAUAUUCAAUUUUUUGUUAGGAUAAAUAAAACUUUAUUAUACUCAA